AUGGUGAGAUUAAGUGAGUUGUUGUCUUCUGAGGUGUUUGCUAUGGGAAAUUUUGAUGACCAGAGUCAGACCAUGUCACAAGUAGCUAUUGAUCAGUUUAAUCAGUUUUCUACUACAAAUUUUGGUAACCAACAUGAGGCUAUGCCACUUGCAACGGUGGAUCAGUUUGAUCAAUUUUCUAUUGUAAAUUUUGGUGUUCAGAAUGAGACCUUGCCACUAGUUACUGAAGAGCAGUUUGAUCAAUUUUCUACUACAUAUUUUAGUUACCAGAACGAGGUCAUACCACUUGUAGCUAUGGAUCAAUUCGGAGAACUGGCUGAUGUUUCCCGUACUGGACGAGGGGUUAAGCUUCCUCUGAAGAAGCAAGGUGACAAUUACCUUGUCACAGUUGGGUUUGGCACACCUAAGCUUGAUUUAACGUUAAUGGUGGACACAGGAAGUGCCACUACGUGGAUAAAAUGUAAACCCUGCAUUACCUGUAAUCCAAAUGAAACCCUUUUUGAUCCUCGCCAAUCUUCAACGUUUUCCAAUUGUUCUUCUGCUAAUAAUUGCCACCAAAGCCAAGACUACCACGACAAGUCUAAAGUUGAUGGAAAUUCUGUACAAGAUACCUUAACCCUAACUUCACAGGUGUUCUUUCCAAGGUUUGAGUUCCUUUGUGGCCACAAACCCAGUGGAUUUGAUAAAGUUGAGGGGUUAUUAGCUCUGGGCUUGGCUGAUAAUUCCUUCAUACAUCAAACAAGCCAAGCAUUUUCCCAGAAAUUUGGCUACUGUCUUCCAUCCUCAGAUUCCUCCACUGGGUUCCUGGCUUUUGGAGAUGAAGCAGCCGCAGCCUGCAAACCUCGGUUUCAUGGUUCACUUGUUUUAGGUCCAAAUGGGGACAAUCACAAUUACUAUAUCAACCUUUUUGCUAUCACAAUAGGCCAAAAGACACUGCAAAUGCCUUCAAAUGGUAGCUCAUCAUACUCACAAAAAGCCCUGUUAGACACUGGAACCACUGUGAGUCGCUUGCCUCCAUCAGUUUACUCAAAGCUUAACUCUUCAUUUUGGGAGUUGAUGUCAGAAUAUCCCAUAGCUGAACCACAUGGGAUAAUGAAAACGUGCUUUAAUCUCGAGCGGCACGAUUUAAGCACUGCUAAUAUACCAAAUAUCACACUGCACUUUGGGGAUUCUUUGGAUUUAACUUUGGGCUCUCCAUCUGUUGUUUUUAGUUAUCCUAAUUCCAUAGUGUGCUUGGCUUUUGCUGAAGACGAAAAAACCAUUAUCGGCAGUCAUCAUCUGGAGAAUGUGAAUAUACUCUACGAUAUAGCAAAUAAGCAGGUGGGACUUUCUCUUAACCCUGGUUGCAGCAGCUAUUGA